AUGUUGUCCCGCUUCGCUCGUCAACUGGCACUGCCAGUGUUCAACGGUGUUCUUCAUCCAACCCGUGCCACCAGCUCCAUCGCUCAUACCAUCAAGGUCGCCAAGAAAAUCGAUGACACCCGCGACAAGGCUCUUCUUGGAGGAGGAAAGAAACGUAUCGAUGGUCAACAUGUUCGCGGAAAGCUUACUGCUCGUGAACGCAUUGAUCUUCUCUUAGACAGAAACACCUUCCGCGAGUACGAUAUGUUCGCCGAGCACACCUGCAACGACUUCGGUAUGCAGAAGGAGAAGUAUCCAGGAGAUUCGGUUGUCACUGGACGUGGAGAGAUCAACGGACGUACUGUCUUCAUCUUCUCCCAGGAUUUCACCGUUUUUGGAGGAUCCCUUUCCUCGAUUCACGCCAAGAAGAUCGUCAAGAUCAUGAGAGAAGCCAUGCUCGUCGGGGCUCCAGUCAUCGGACUCAACGACUCCGGAGGUGCCCGCAUUCAAGAAGGAGUUGAAUCCCUUGCCGGAUACGCCGAUAUUUUCCAGGAGAACGUUCUCGCUUCGGGAGUUGUUCCACAAAUCUCCAUGAUAAUGGGACCAUGCGCCGGAGGAGCUGUCUACUCUCCAGCUCUUACUGAUUUCACCUUCAUGGUUCGUGACACUAGCUACUUGUUCAUCACUGGACCAGAUGUCGUCAAGGCCGUCACUAACGAGGAGGUCACUCAAGAAGAACUCGGAGGUGCCAAGACACACACUGUCACUUCUGGAGUCGCUCACGGAGCAUUCGACAAUGACGUUGACGCCCUCAUGAGCCUUCGUGAACUCUUCAACUAUCUCCCACUCUCCAACACCGAUGCUGCACCAAUCCGUGCUGCUGAGGAUCCAUGGGACAGAUCAGUUCCAUCUUUGGACACUGUUGUUCCAUUGGAGAGCACUGCUGCCUACAACAUGAAGGAUGUCAUCCACGCACUUGUUGACGAGGGAGAUUUCUUCGAGAUCAUGCCAGACUAUGCUAAGAACUUGGUCAUUGGUUUCGCCAGAAUGAACGGACGCACCGUCGGAAUUGUUGGAAACAACCCGAAGUUUGCCGCCGGAUGUCUUGACAUCAACUCUUCCGUCAAGGGAGCUCGCUUCGUCCGCUUCUGCGAUGCCUUCAACAUCCCAAUCAUCACUUUGGUUGAUGUCCCCGGAUUCUUGCCAGGAACCUCCCAAGAGUAUGGAGGUAUCAUCCGCCACGGAGCUAAGCUUCUCUACGCUUUCGCUGAGGCUACCGUUCCUAAGAUCACCAUCAUUACUCGCAAGGCCUUCGGAGGAGCUUACGAUGUCAUGUCUUCCAAACAUCUUCGUGGAGACAUCAACUACGCCUGGCCAACUGCUGAGGUUGCCGUUAUGGGAGCCAAGGGAGCUGUCUCGAUUCUUUUCCGUAACGACAAGGAGCACGCCGUCCAACACGAGGAGGAGUACACCGAGUUGUUCUCCAAUCCGUUCCCAGCUGCCGUCAGAGGAUUCGUCGACGACAUCAUCACUCCAUCGGAAACCAGAAAGAAGGUGUGCGAGGAUUUGAACAUGCUCGAGAGCAAGAAAUUGGCGAAUCCAUGGAAGAAGCACGGAAACAUUCCACUCUAA